GCUACUUCCGCCUUUUAACGCAUGAUGUCACGAACCGUGAACGAGAACCUACCCGAGAGCGGCAUCAAAGAGGCAACACGCGGCAAGCCGAACACAACUUUGUUUUGAGACUUGUCUCACCCCGUAUUCGCGCUCCUCUCCACCUCACCAUCCACCACCGAGUUGUCCCAGUUCGGGACACCUGGGCCGAAGCACCACCGGAGCUCGGACGGCCGGACUUCAGAGAUCUCCAGGUGUCAUGGGCGAAGCAACAGUCAGAGAGGAUGGCACAGUGAUAAGAUCAGCUGAGUAUGUAGGCUCAUUUUCGGUGGACGACAGCUGCCUAGAUGAUCAGAUGGAGCAGCUGCAUAGGAACCUAAAGACCCUGAAAACAUGCAAAAAGAGCAGGCCCGUAUCAAUCAAGUUCUCCGUCAAAGGCGUGAAAAUGUACGAUGAGGACGAAACGACCCUCCUGAUGGCCCACGCCCUUCGCAGAGUGUCACUGUCCACCGCCCGGCCCAGCGACUCCCAGUUUGCCUUUGUCUCCCACAACCCAGGCAGCGCCGACGUCCAGUUGUACUGCCACGUUUUUCGAGCCAGACACGCCAGAGCUGCCCAGUUCCUGAACCUUCUGCUGUGCCGCUGUUUCCAACUGUCUUACUUGGAGAAGCACCCAGACGAAGCCCAGGAAGGUUCUUCCGGUUCGGCGCCUCAACGUAACCCGUCGCUUCUCAACCACGGCUUUCCGCUCAGUGUUAGCGCCCUGGUGUCCUUCAGAAGAGCUCCCUUUCGCGGGUUGAUGUUCGGUUCUAAGAAACAUGACAAGGCGUCCGACGAGCAGCAGCUUGGCAACCAAGAUGAGGUCUUCACCACCUCCUCCCCAUCCCUAGUGCGCAAGAAAGCCAUCCGCAACAAAGUGCUGCGUUCCGGGGCAUAUCGCUCCUUCACGUUCACACCGCUCAAGCAGCGCCACGUGCAGGAGCGCCUCAAUGCAUCACAAGAAAAGGACCAAGACAAGACCGUGGCAAGACGACCAAGGAUGCCGAGCUUGGCCGAGACCGAGGAAGCGCUGGCUCAGGCUGUGUGGUGUUGGGCCGGUAUUGCAACUGACAGCAGCUACUCCCUCCUGGCUGAUGACGUUUUGGGAUCUUACCUCUUGUGCCCACAUCCCAAGAAACCCAAAAGUGGAUCCCUCAUCAUUCGCUUCCCAUCUGGCCUCAUCACCUACCUUAUUGAAAACACUCGUAAAGGGAAUUUCUUUUUGGAGAAAUGCAAAGCCGAAUUCAGUUCACUGGCAGAACUGAUUGAACAUUACACAGAGAACCAGGAUGGACUCCCGUGCCGGCUGAGCUGUGCCCGAGUAAACCACUGCUAUGAGUGGGAGGAGGAAGAUGCCACAGAGCCAAAGGCCCAGGAGGUGCGCAGAAGCCUGAACAAAAGCAGAAUGCUCAAGAUAGUGAAAGGAAUGGGGAUGAAAUUUGGACACUAGAAGUGGUCAACUGCUAAUUUUUUAUUUUUUUUUGCACCUCAUCCUUCACUCAAUCACCAUAAGUUUGGUGUGACAUUUCAAACCUUAUUAACACUCAACAACGCACUUAUUUAUAUUCCCUGUUGGCACUCCAGGCAUUAUCUGUAAUAUAUAGCUCAUUUUGUCAAAACAGUUUUUGUACUUGCUGCUUUUACGUUUUAGAUAUGUGUAUGUUUUUUUAAUCAAGUUCCAAAGUGUUUUAAGAUCUUGAGUUUAAGAGCCCAGGUUGUCAAAAUCUGACGGUAAAGUGUUUUUUCCCCUCCCUUGUCAAGAUGUUGCCAAUAUAUUUGUUGAAAUAUAA